ACGGACUGGAUCCAGAAUUGCCUUUCACGGAAAGCAGAGCGACGUUUCGUUUCCAGGUUCCAUGCUGUUUAGAGAUGGGAUGGAGAAGGCCUCGAGGGGAGAGAGGCUGUGCUUCGUUGGCAAGGAUUACCCGCCAUGGUUGGUUGAAAACACGAAUUGGCGUUGCGCAACAUUUCGCUGACCAAGACACAUUAUCAUCGACAUGUCUUCCCUUCGUCGGCCCGAGGCUACGAGGAACCCGGAUGGGUUUAGUUCCCGGGAUACGAUGAAGAUAAUCAAGGCGGCGGUCCGUAUACCUGUGUCUGAGCUUCAGAGAAGAUGCCACUGACGGGGGCGUGGACUUUGAUUGAAGUUCAUCUGGUCUGAGACUCGUCCGAGCCAGAAAACAACCACCGGACAAUGGACUCUGGCGGUUGGAACUUGGGUUACUGGCCCCCUGGAAAAGACGACAAGAGUCAGGGCCCCCUUGUAACGAACCCCACGGAAGCGAAGAAGAGUGUUGCGCUUGGCAAAACUUCAGACCGAGCCUCACCAGGGCAUCAGGGGCCACCAUCGACUGGACAGCGCCGCAGCGGGCUAUUUCUAAAGAUGGUGGAGGCUAAGAACAGUCCGGUGAGCGGCCCCGCACGAAGCGGUCCAUGUUCAAAUGUUGUGGCACUUCGCGAUGCCCCUGGAAACCACACUACUGCACGGGACGGCGUCGAGUGCCGGUGCAAGGGGGGCGCACGCAUAGGGUUGGGGAGCUGUAUGAUCUGCGCAGGGCCCAUUGGCUUUGAGUGGCUGUUACCAAGGACCAAAAGAUGCAUGCUGCAUUCGGGGACGCGGUGCUGUUGCAGCUCGCAGCUCCGUUGCACCAACAACACGGUCACACGGGUUUGGUUUGGACUUUGGAGAGACCGGUGCCCCUUCAGAAAGCAGCCAAGAGAUAUCUGCAUCGCAUGGGACGUCCGGCUCAAAACCACGGGUCUCUCCCGCAGAUGCUCUUCCGGCCGGAGUCUGAGUCUCCUUCUACUUCUUUUCCUUCUUUCCGACAUCUCACAACGCCAUACGUACGUCGAAAGGCCUCGAUCGGUCCAUUCCCACCUCGCUGGCCGUUGUCUCCGUUUCUUCGCCGAAGGGGUUUCUGCCCUUUUUUUUUAUCGUUUUCGUGUUUCUCAAACUUUGUCCAGACUCGAGACGCCCUGGCCCGGCUCCCCAUCGUCAUCAUCUCGUCCCAUCCCGUACAUGAUUGAUCGCCGAUUUGGCUGAAAACGGUCGUCCAAUCGUCCACCUCUCCAACAUUGGCUUCAGCCCAGGUUUAAGAAAAAGAUCAAAGUACAAACUCUACAACAUACCGUCCUGUCUGCGACGUGAACCUUUUGCGAAUCCGCGUUUACUUCCUACUUUCGGACCUCUCACGACUCUUACUCGCCCACCUUCGCUCUCUCCCUCCCGCCCUAACACGUAGAGUAACACUCAUCCCACCCAGCGUCAUCUCAUGCCACGUUCCAGAAUCCCGUGCUUUAUCUUAUUUUGAUAAUCGCUCUGCGCUGCGACUCUUAUUACUACCCGAACCUGUCUUAUCACUUCUUUACUUCCCGUCUGAGACAUCCGCCGCGUCGGUCACUAGUACCAAUU